AUUUGAGGAUUUGGAAAUAACUGAAACAAUGGAGUUGACUUGCUAAGCAUUCUUCUAGUUAUCAUUCAGCUUAACCGAACCAAGAAAAUCUAAAAGCCUGUCAGCAUAUUUCGGCGUAGAUCAAAUAAACUUGAGGGAAAGUUUAUGGUACAAGGCAUUUCCGACGACAACAAUCGAGUCCGUGGCUCUAUCUACUCUUUACCAACUCCACCCAAAGUCAACAUUUCAGCAGGAAUAGGUUGGAGUUUUGGUUGUGGUUGUUGUUGUGGUCCCUUUUUUGGUAUUGGUUUAGGAUACAGUCUUUUCCACGGAAUUACGUUUGGAGCUGGAGCUGGUAUUGGUCAGUAAACAGUUAUGCAUAAGUUUACAAGGCUCAACGUUCGAAAGGGACAGUUUGUGGAAUUGGUUUCGGGUCGGGUUUUCUUUCCGGUAUAGGAAAUUCAGUAAUUCUUGCAGGCUUCAAUACCUUGUAAGUUUGUCUGUUGUUGUACGAUUCACA